UCUCAAUAUGCUUAACCAAAGACGGUGUUAACUGACUAAAUGUUAUGCGUGAAGAAUGGCAGCUGGUUGAAUUCAAAACCGACGGUUAAAGGCGAAUUUGCUGAUAAAAUAACGUUAACUUUGCUCGUUGCAGAUGAGAUUCUGACUUAUUUCUGACUUCUUUUGCCAAUUGUUAUGGUUCCGUGGCUCGUUUUGAUGUCUUUAACUGAUCCUGAGAGACAACAUUGAAGAAACAUGUAACGGUGUUUUGAGACUGGAGCUCUCCUCCUACCUCCUACCUCUUUGAUACUGACCCGGUGCCACCCUGAUCAAAUCCUAACUAAGCACGUGCCUCUGACUUUGGAACAAGAAACAUGACGGCCAUCAAUGCACCUCGGGACAAAUACAAUGCAGUAUGGAUAAUUUUUUUUAUCCUGGGCUUGGGAACCCUCUUACCGUGGAAUUUCUUCAUGACGGCAACAAUGUACUUCACAAGUAGGCUGAAGGACCCAUCCGCUGACCCCUCCUCCAAUCAGACGGCAAAUGAGACUUUGAAGGACGGAGACACUCGCAAUGUGCUGGAGUCAAAGUUUAACAAUGUGAUGACGCUCUGCGCCAUGGUGCCUCUUCUCAUCUUCACCUGCCUCAACUCCUUCCUACACCAGAGGAUUCCUCAGAAGUUUCGUAUCUCUGGCAGCCUGGUGGUCAUCCUGGUGGUUUUCCUGUUGACGGCGGUGUUGGUAAAGGUGGACGUAGCCCCACUGCCCUUCUUCACCAUCACUAUGAUCAAAAUUAUCUGCAUAAACUCGUUCGGGGCGAUUCUUCAGGGCAGCUUGUUCGGGCUGGCGGGGAUACUGCCUGCCUCCUACACCACUCCCAUCAUGAGUGGACAGGGGCUGGCCGGCACCUUUGCUGCUUUCUCCAUGAUCUGCGCACUGGCCUCUGGAUCAGAACUUCAGGACAGCGCUUUUGGUUACUUCAUCACAGCCUGUGUUGUUAUUCUCCUGGCCAUAAUGUCCUACUUCGUUCUGCCCAGGAUGGAGUUUUUCCAGUACCACACGGAGAGUAAUGGAUCCAGACCCUCUGCCGAUGAGGAGAACAACAUGGACUUACUCAAAAAAGAAAGUCCAGCAGAGAAACGACCGGUGGUGAGUCUGAUGGAGGACGAGGCCAAACCCACCGUGUCUGUGGUAAACAUCUUCAAACAGAUCUGGGUGAUGGCUCUGUCAGUGUGCUUCAUCUUCACCAUCACCAUCGGAACAUUCCCAGCCGUGACAGUGGAUGUCAAGUCGACGUUAGCUGAUGGAGGCACCUGGGGAACUUACUUCAUCCCUGUGUCAUGUUUCCUCCUCUUUAACCUGAUGGAUUGGGCUGGCAGGAGUCUGACGGCCGUCUGUAUGUGGCCGGGCAAAGACAGUAUGUUGCUUCCUGUCCUGGUGGGUCUGCGGGUCGUCUUCGUCCCUCUCUUCAUGCUGUGUAACGUCCAGCCUCGUCACUACCUCCCCGUGCCGUUUGGCCACGACGCCUGGUACAUCCUCUUCAUGAUCUUCUUCUCCUUCUCCAACGGAUACCUGGCCAGUCUCUGCAUGUGCUUCGGACCCAAGAAGGUCUCCCAGCAUGAGGCGGAGACGGCCGGGGCCAUCAUGGCCUUCUUCUUGUCCCUCGGCUUGGCGCUGGGCGCUGCAGUCUCAUUUGCUUUCCGGGCCAUGAUCUGAAAGAUCUCCGGUCAGACCUUCAGUAGACGUAGACUUAGAUUAGACCACCCCGCCCUCAAACACUCUCCCCGUCUUUACCGGUCAUGGGAGAGCCGUGCUUCUCUGCAACAAUCUCCCCGACUGAGUGGAGACAGCACGGCAGAUUAGAAGACUAGAGGACCUCAGUCUUCUGAACUUGUCUCAUCCAGCCAUCUCGGCAACAAUAUAAGCUGAAACAUGUUAAGUGAAUAUUAGUUCUCUCGAUGCCAUUGAUCAAGCGGGUUGUUUCUCUGUGAUGGAAUUGAAGAGUUCAGAGUACAACUCAACAAGCAAAUCGAAACCAAAAGUGUAGAGUAAUCAGUUGCAGUGGACUCGUCACGACAGCUGAAAUUCUUCAAGGUGCGUUUUAAGUUUCCCCGGACAUAACGAAUCUUGAGCCCAGUGUUAGUGAAGACGUCCUGUACACGCAGUAUCCUCGAUCCUCGUUCAUAAAACGUUCUUGUGAUAAAAUGGCUUGUAAAGUAAUACAUUUCUUUCACUGUCUUUAGAAAUCCUAAGAAGUUAGGAUGGUGUGUACAUAAAGUCUUAACACAUUUUUAUUAAUGAGGCUCUUAGAUUCUGCUGUUCGGCUCAUCUACAUAAACCGGUAAAUUGUAACCCAUCAGUUUGUAAACUGAUCUCAAUGUGAAAUAUAUAUAUAUUUUUUUUAUGACUCUGGACUGGUGCAGCUUUUUAACUUUGAUCAAGCCAAAUACUUAAAGACAAUAUGGGAAAAUGAUGAACUUUGAAGGGAGAUUACCAUUAUCCAUCCAACGGCUAAUUAUAAAUGUGCCUUCCUCAAACUUCCUCAUAACAAAUGAGUAAAUUCUCUAAGAAUGUAAGGCUGGACUAAAUCCUAAAGACCAUGUUUCAAUCAAUCUGCUAAAUAUUUGUUGUCUUAGAGAGUGGUGUUUGUUUUUUAGUUACAGAUGAAGUUGUACCAGUGUGGGUCUAUUUGGUUUGUCUGAAAACACAGAGGUCACAUUUUCGGUCUAGAUUUUUCAGCCCCCAUGUUGUUUUUACUGUUACUGUGUCUUCCUGAUGAACAUAUUUUGCCACAAUGUAUUUUUGAACGCAGCAAAAAGAAAAUCUGCAGCUGUCAGUGACGUGAAAUGUACCAUUUAUGAGUGAGAUAUUCUUUUGCCUUCAUGAGCCUGUGACAUUUCUCAUUUGAACAUGUUUUCAUAGAUAAGUUUUGUAUCCAAAAUAGUUUUUUGUAUGUUUUUCAAACUUUACGACUUGGCUCUCGCUGAGUUGGUGGUGUUACGAAUGAGGAGGUAAAAGGCCUCAUGCCCAUCAGUGUUAUAUUUUUAUGGCCUUUUGGAUGCUUUUUUUUUUUUUAAGUUUUCUUUAAUUGUCCAAAUAUUACUCAUAAUGCAAGCUGUAUAGAUCCUAACUGCCUGUUUUUUUUUUUUAAAAGCACAACAUUGGUCUGUUCUUCCAUACUUAGUGUUUGGUUGGUAUGGAGUCAUGGACCAUUAAAAAGUUACUUAUAUUGCAGCUUCAAACUGUUCUGUGAUCAAAUAAAACUGUAUUUUUAAGAA